UGUUGUUUCCGGCGGUUGUGUUUGGUGUGGUUUUAGGCUCGGCUCGGCUCGGCUCGGCUCAGACCCGACCAGCAGCGGUGGUUUUAGCUGUAGUGGACCUGUGUGUGACCGCGGAGGAAAGAUGGCGGCCCCUGCUCUCUCCAGUCGGUCCGGCUCGGCGGGCAGCGUCGGGAACAGCCCCACCAUGGCCGCCGGGAGACUCCCGGGCGUCGGGCCCGAGCUCGACUUCAGGUCGGCGGCCCGCAUGGAGGACCUGAACCGCCUCAUCCAGGAGUUCAGCAAGCACGACCAGAGAGAGUACGACGACCAGCGGGCUCUGGAGAUCCACACGGCGAAGGACUUCAUCUUCUCCAUGCUGGGAAUGGUACAGAAGUUGGACCAGAAGCUCCCGGUGGCCAACGAGUACCUCCUCCUGUCAGGGGGCGUUCGGGAGGGUGUGGUCGACAUGGAUCUGGACGAGCUCAGCGUCUACGCCCGCGGAACAGACUAUGACAUGGACUUCACCCUGCUCGUCCCGGCACUCAAACUCCACGACCGCAACCAGCCGGUGACGCUGGACAUGAGGCACUCGGCUUUGGGCCACUCCUGGCUCAGCCUCCGCCUUUUUGAUGAAGGCACCAUCAACAAGUGGAAGGACUGCUGCACCAUCGUCGACCACAUCAACGGGACUACCAACUACUUCUUCUCACCAACACUCGUGGCCGACUGGUUCUACCAGUCCAUCUCCCUGGUGCUGCUGGAAGUACAGAAGAAGCCGCAGAGAGGGAUGCCCAGAGUGGAGAAGGUGGAGAGGAACGGCACCAUUAUCUCCGUUAUCCUGGGUGUUGGGAGCAGCAGGAUGCUUUACGACAUCGUCCCAGUGGUGUCGUUUAAGGGCUGGCCAGCCGUUGCUCAGAGUUGGCUGAUGGAGAACCAUUUCUGGGAUGGAAAGAUCACAGAGGAGGAGGUGAUCAGUGGCUUCUACCUCGUCCCUGCCUGCUCCAACAAAGGCCGCAAGGAGAACGAGUGGCGUCUGUCGUUUGCCCGCAGCGAGGUGCAGCUGAAGAAGUGCAUCUCGUCCAGCCUGAUGCAGGCGUACCAGGCGUGUAAAGCCAUUAUCAUCAAGCUGCUGUCUCGCCCCAAAGCAAUCAGCCCCUACCACCUUCGCAGUAUCAUGCUGUGGGCCUGCGACCGCCUCCCAGCCAACUACCUGUCUCAGGACGACUUCUCUGCCCACUUCCUGCUGGGCCUGAUCGACGACCUGCAGCACUGUCUGGUCAACAAGAUGUGUCCCAAUUACUUCAUUCCACAGUGCAACAUGCUGGAACACCUGUCGGACGAGACCGCCAUGCUGCAUGCCCGCAAACUCUCCUCGGUACGCUCGGACCCCGCAGAGCACCUCCGCACCACCAUUGAGCACGCCAAGGCGGCCAACAGGCUGACCGUGGACCUGCAAUGGCGAGGAAGUGCCAACAACCUGCCAUCUCCUCAGUCCGACGCCGGUGGAGAGAAUCAGCCAGAUGACCGUCUCGCCAAAAAGCUUCAGCAGCUGGUUACAGAGAAUCCUGGGAAGUCCAUCUCAGUCUUUAUUAACCCAGACGACGUCACGCGACCGCACUUCCGCAUCGACGACAAGUUUUUCUGAGACCUCCUCUUCCCUUUUUCCUUUCUGCCUUCCUUCUUCACGACCGGUGCCCCACCUCCUCUGAAACUUUAUUUUGUACAUUUUUAUGUUUCUCUGCCACAGAGUGAAGUGAGGUGAUUGUCCAGUUAUGUCUGCCACAGUUUUUUAUUUUAUUUUAUUUUUAUUUUUCUAUUCCCCUCUCCCUCUUCCCUCCACUUUCACUGUGUGCCCUGUGUUUUUUACCUGCUGAUUGCCUUUUAAAUAGACAGCUGAAUAGCAGCAGGUUGUUUUUAAAGCUGAAGGAAGAGUAAAAAAAAAAAUCCACCGUAAGAUGGAAUUGAUGUUCCUACGUAAGAGUAGUUCAACGAUCAGGGAUCCUGGAAAUGACAGGAAACCAACAACUCCUGAAAACGUCACAGAAGCCUGUUUGAGGUUUAAAUUUGGUUCAUUGAUAUAAAUAAUGGCCAGUAGUUAUCACUUAACAAUUGUAAUAGUACUAAAUAUUCUGUAGCAAAGAUGUUAGAAACUUGUGAUCACAGAAAUUCAGGUUCCUUCAAUGUAAUUUAAAGAGUCCAAUCUUUUCUUUUUUAAUUUUGAGAUACUCUCGGAGAUGUUGUCACAAGUAAGGGCUAGUUUCUCAGACAGUAUCGUAUGAUUGGCUUUCAUAUCAAUGCUCAGAACUGCAACAAGAUCAUUGAGUGAGAUUUCCUGUAAGGAAACUUAAAAAACAUUAUAAGGAAUUGGGGAUGCCAAAUGGCCCAAACAGAAUUCUCUAACCCAGGAGUAAAGAUUGCAGAGUUGUUUUGAAGGUGGAUUUUAUCCAUGUGAAGAAUGUCUUAGUCCCACUGGGGGAUGAUGGUACUAACGUCUUAGAAACUAACUGUAAAUAGCAGAAAACUGACUGAACACUGAUUUGUGUAGACAGAAAAAUAGAGACUGAUGAUAAUGUGUGGACUACUUUUCGUCUAAUUUUGCACAGAAUGUAAAAAAAAAACAAAAAAACACCACUUUCCUCUUGAUGGUGGACGCCGUGUUGGUCCUGAUUCUGAAAUAAUGUAUCAUAUCAGUCGACAGGUGACACCUUUUGAAGAAUUGGCCAUACUGCAGCUUUUAAAUGUGUCUAUUAUCCAGUGGCAGAGCACCAAGUACACAGUGAUACUGAAUCAGGUCUCUCAGGUGGCAUGCUGAUCAGAGAGCAGUGUGGUUCAAACAUUCAGGAAACACGGUUCUGUUGGAAUUUGAAUAUAUAUCCCUGAGUAGGACUUAAAAAAGACACUAGUAAAAAAAUCAGUUUCCAUCCCAAGUGUAAAAUCUGGUAUCUUGAGAACACCAAUCGGGAUAAGAAAUUAUUUUAUCAUUGUGGAGGAUUUGUCCGAGAAGGGGUCCAGGUUGAACAGUGGAGUCUGUUAGAAUGGAAUAGAAUCUGAGGAACUCCACUCUUAAUUGUGUUUCCAGUUCCAUAAAAGUUCAAACAAAGCACUCAGUUUUUUUUAGUAAUUUGAGAUAGAUUUUAGUUGUUUACAUGUUUCAAAUCAAUUUGAAUCUGCACAUUGGAAGUAUAAAGAAGGAUACCCUCACCAACCUCCUAACAGUUAGUGAACAAAAUACUUUAGGAACUGUAGGGAUGCAGUAGACAUACAAUCCGAAAUAACUCCCAAAGACUUGUCACUUUCUUCUCCUCUAAAUAAAGGAGUUAAGUGGUGCUUUGCAUCAGUUAACAUCAGAAAAUAUCUCCCUAAUCAUCUCUACUUGAACAGCUUGAAAGCUGCAGACUGACGCCUUGUUUUGAAGCUUUGUGUGUGAACAAGGUGUGACGGCAUUUUCCUACAGCCCCUGAACACAGCACUGUGUACUCAGUCUUCUCCACAGUUUAACACUCAGGUUAAUCUGCUGCUCUAUGACCGUAUGUUGUCACAGAAUAUUCAUUUAGACAUGAUAUCACAGACAUCUCUUUCCACUUGCUCCUGUCACUUUAAUUUUUAGUACUUAUCAGUUUAUUGCAUUUUUCUGUUUGCUUCACUGUCGAGUAUGAACUCGUGUUUGAUGUUUCCUUUUCUGCUGCUUUUUUCUUUGGUGUUUUUAGGUGUUGGGUUAAUCUCUCCUUAAGUUUAACCAGCUCAGGAUGUUAAAUUCAUCCUUUUUUUUUAUUAAUUGUGAUCAAGAAUCACACUGUUUUAGAUCAUUUCAUCUAAAUGCUGUAAUGGAGGCACUGUUUCUAAAUUAUCUCUGAACAGUUGACAUUUCUGUUCUGACAUUUACUGAAACUGAUCAGUCAUCAUGAAAACAGAUCAAAUGCAACGAGCUAAUAUCAGCUUUUAAUGAGGGUGUUUUCACAUUUGGCACGCUCCCCCUCCCCCGCUGGGCUGCGUUCAAAUUCAUAAUUACAUCGUUCUGUAUUCAGAAACCCUACACAGUCUGAUACAGAAGGUGGCAGUACACAAGUUGUUGGUUUUCAAAUCUGCCAAAAAGCAGAAAGAAGAAGAAGAAGCAGCAACCAUGGCAACCACUCGUGCACUGAUCCUGCUAACUGUGGAUGUUUUCUUAUUUCUGACACUCCAACAAAGACUCUCUUCCUACAUCCACAUCUACCUCAGUGGACCAAACGAGCCUGUGCUGCUCGGAUAAGAUAGUUUUAGAAGCGACAGAAGUCGUUUAAAAUCACGUUAUAUAGCGGCCCACUUCCUUGUUUAAGCACAGUUGCGUUCACAUCUCCCGCAGACCGUACACAGAUCGUGCCCAAGACCACCUAUUCAAGCGGACUCAGAGUCAAGCGUGAAACCACCCUAAGUUUUAAGCCAAUCAGAGUUUUGUCAAUUGAAUCUUUUUUGGCUGUCCAAUACGAGAGUAGAUAACCAUGUAACUCCAAUCGUACAUGGGUCUUAUUCUUAACGUGCUAAAGGCAUGUUUAACAGAGAUUUAUUUUUGUGUAGGAAAAGCUUUUAGAUAUUUCCAGGUGACCGCUUUAUUCAUUUUUUUAAAGUGAAGUCCGUGUGCUGAACAGUAAAUGAGAGAAAUCAGAGAUAGGAGCUGGUUUAACGUCAACAGCUGAUUGGCUGGCAGCUGCUGAAGCUUCUUGGAACAGAAGCUGAAAAAAAUGAAAUGAAUUUACACAUUGAUUUUUACCAAUCAGUUCAGAAAGUCACUAUUAAUGAACAGAUCAAUCUUUUUAAUGAGGCUUUGGUUGUGCCUGUGGCUAAGCACCAUGGGAGUUGUAGUUGUUCCUGAGCUGGUUUUGCUGAGGCGAGUUGGUUCCUGUUGUGUUGUUUUUUUUUUUUCAAUAUGUCUUUGUGUUUUCAACGUCCUCAAACAUUUCCAGAAACAUGCCAAAAAAAACCUGCAGACAUCUGACCGGCAAUGUGAUCUACAUGUCCUCAUCCUCAAGUGCAAUUAGUGAAAAUACACACACACACACACACACACACACACACACACACACACACCACACUCCACACAAGUACACACACACACACAUCUUGUUGCAUUAAGCGAAACGACACUACAGCUCUGUUCAAACAUGUUUUAAUGAAUCAGAAAGACGCUAAACUCACCACUUAAUUUAACAAGCAUUAGAAAAACACACAAACACAGACACACACUCCAAGGUUUUUCACACCAUCAAAGUGCCACACACACUCCUGCUCGGUGGAAAUGUAUUCAGUGUGUCGUUCUGACUUUACUUCUCUCUCUGUUUGAACCUUUUGACUGUGAGUUUUUGUUUUCUGUAUCUUGCUGCUCUGCUUUAUGCUGAUGAUGAAUUUCUUUAUAUGCAACGUUCACUCGGAUGGGUUAACCCUUCAGAUGGCAGCUCCUCCCCGUCUAUGAAGGUUCUCCACUAAACUUCACUGUACAGUUAGUCAUCAUAAAGUCUUUUAACCAGAAGCUUC